UGAGGGCCCAGCUGGAAGCUGCUGGUUUCAGUUCCUGGGAAUCAUGCUGGAUGUGGUGUGUCUGCCUGGGGGUGGCUUAGGGGGCAGGUAGAAGGACACAGGUGCCUUUUCCACCUACCCCCAGGCUGCUUCGGGCUUCUUUCUUGCCCCCUUGCCCCUAGGCUGUACUUGGUUGCCCACUUGGCUCCUGUUAUAUCCUCAACAGCCACUGAAUCUGCCCUCUGUUUUACAAAUGGGGAAACUGAGGGAGGCCCAAGUGCUUACCAGCCAGGGCCCUCUGCACCGAGGACCAGCCCUGAGCAUCCUGCUUCUCGGCUGCCAGAGCCAAGGGCCUUUGCGCUGUGGUUGGUGUCAUGGUGGAUUUUCCUGGGAAGCGGGAAUAGCUGGGCAGGGGUCUGGGCAGGUGGCCGGGGGCGCUGAGCUGGGGUGCUGCUGAUGGGAAGAGGGCUGGCGAGUGCCAGGAAGUUCUUGGUUUCUGGUUCUGCCAGGACCCAGUCUGCCCUCUGUCCCCUUCCCUUUUUCUUUCAUGUUUUCCCCAGAGCCCCCAAUUUCGCUGCUUCCUUUAGGGAUUAGCUAGUCUUGGUUAAAGAGGAAUGGGGGGAGCAGGGAGGGGACCACAGGGCAGUGGGUGGAAGAAGCUGUGGAGCAAUGUGGCCCCGCAAAGAUGGCACUUACAGUGGAACUUAUGGUAAAGAAGGAGGUGUGUGUGGUGUGUGUGUGUGUGUGUGUGUGGUUUUUUUUUUCCCCCCCAGUAAUGGGAAGGUAAGGGGAUAGAGGGCUCAUGGAUAAGCUCUGCUUAGCCUAAGCCUCUCUAGGAAGCUGUCUGGGGCAGCUGAGGGGCUCCCAGGCUCCCACCCUUUCCAGGGAAGCAGGAUCUGGAAGAACCUGGGGAAAGAGCCGCACCCGCGUCAGGGUGGAGGGACCCAGUGCUGGGCGCCUCCUGUUCCUGGUGGUUGGUUCGAGGGAAUUUCCCUGGGAGGGGGCCGGCGUUGGAAACCCCUGUGGAGGGGGGGACUCCUUCCUGCGUGAGGGCUUCUUUUCUUCUUCGACUGAGCCCUGUGCUACUUCUAGAGGUGGGCCCAGGCUGGAAAGGGACGGCCUUUGUGCCAGGUUAACCCUUCGGAAGCCUGGGCACCGUGAGCCCCCUCCCCUGGGCACACACCUCAGCUUCUUGCCAGUGCGAGGUGGGGGCUGCAGGAGUAUGACGAACCUUUGUCCUUCUACCCACCCAGCUGAAGUCAGGAGCUUCCAGAUUCCUUCCUGUGUAGCUGGAACAUUCCAUUUGCUAGUGCAGUUAGUGAGUUUCCAAGCCCCAGUUCUGGGCAUGUCUGAACAAAUCCCUGCCCCUGCCCACCCUGUUGCCCCCAGCCACCCUCCCCUAUCCCCACAUCCUCUGCCAGGGGUUCUGUGCCACAUCGGAUUUCCUCUUGCCUCUCUGGGCUGCCGGAGCCUUCCUAGAGAGGUUUGGCUGAGAUUGGUAGUGGGGGUGGCAGUGCCUCACACCCCAGCCUGGGUGCGUUCAGCCCAGGUAGGAGGGCCAUGUCACUUCAGGAAGGGAUUUCCAAGACCCCCUCAGAGCCCAGCUCCCAUUUCCGCAAGCCAGGCCAUCCCUGCUCCCAGCCUGCCUGGAGCUCUGUCCACCCUCUGAGUCUUUCUCCGGUCCUGGCCUUGAGGAAUGGGGCUUCUGAGGCAGACCUCUCAUGCUUCAGGGCCCAAAGGAAGCCCUGACUUGCUUUCUUUACCCCCACCUUAGGGCUUUCCCAUCUGAAUCCAUCUUGCAUAGAUUCUAUGCCUCAGUUUCUCCAAUCUCCUUACCCUCCAGGGAGGGUAGUGCUUAUUGGCAGCUACCUGGACUUUACUUGGAAAUGGAGCAGGGGUAGUACCUAGGGUCUUAGGUUUUGGCUAUGACCUCUGAGCCUGGCGGAGAACCUGGGGUGGAUCAGUGUGAGAUUCGCAGGGGUAGGACUAGGUGUAGGGAAGCCCCUGGGGGUGUGUCCCUCGCCAGGCUCCAGUCGCCUUUCUGGGAACAGCAUGGUCCUCACACCUGGUCCCUCUGGGCCUAGAAUGCCCCCUACAUGGGCUUCCAUCCCUGAUCUCCCAGGAACCUCUGGGGCACCCCUGGCAGGGCAGUGGUCAGGAUGUGAGGGGCAGGGGUGGUGGGAGUGACUUUCCCAGGGAGAGGACCUCGCCAGCUGUGUGUAUCUUUGGGCCCCUCCUAGGGGUCCCAUGGGUUCAAGGCUUUAUCCCGCCUGCUCUGUGGCUUUUGUGGAGAGAUCGGUUUCCAGAUACCCGCUUCCCUCCUCCACCCUGGAGCUGUUCCCACCUGUUAACAGCACUCUCUUCUUGGAGUGCCACAAGAUGCAUGUGUACUGUAGGUGCGUGUGUGUGCUAUAUGGCCUGAGUGGGGCUGGCGUGUUUCCUGCUGGGGGGAAUGUGGCAGAAGCAGACACCACUGUCCCCAAGGCCCACAUGCAUGGGAAGUGCUGCCGAAGGGCCUUGAUCAAGGAAGCAGACGGGGCAGUGGUGUCACUUAACACUGCUCAGCCCAGCUCUCUGCCCAGCUGCUGUUCUCCUGCCAGGCUGAGCUCCCUGGCCUGCUCUGCCCAGCUGGGGACUAACGGAGGAGGGCAGCAGGCCGGAACCCUGGCUUGGGAGGCAGGAGGCCCAGACCCGACCCCAACUUGCUGUGUGGCUUCAGCUGGGUUCCAACCCGUUUCUGGACCUGUUUCCCCCAUGAGUCGAGGGAUGGUUUUCUUGGAUAUGGUGACCCUGCAUGGUGGGGUCCCUCGCUUUUUCUCUCUCUGAGAGUUGGGGUUCUUGGAGGGAUCCUCACCUUUCCUGCCAUGGUCUGACUCCUGGAGACACCCCGAGGCUCAUCCCCUGUCCCUGCUUUCUUUCAGUGGUACUGCUGGACUUUGCUGCAGCUGGGGGAGAGCUCGGCUGGCUCACACACCCUUAUGGCAAAGGGUGGGACCUGAUGCAGAACAUCAUGGAUGACAUGCCCAUCUACAUGUACUCUGUGUGCAACGUGAUGUCUGGCGACCAGGACAACUGGCUCCGCACCAACUGGGUGUACCGGGGAGAGGCCGAGCGUAUCUUCAUCGAGCUCAAGUUUACCGUGCGCGACUGUAACAGCUUCCCCGGCGGUGCCAGCUCCUGCAAGGAGACUUUCAACCUCUACUAUGCGGAGUCGGACCUGGACUACGGCACCAACUUCCAGAAGCGCCAGUUCACCAAGAUUGACACCAUUGCGCCAGAUGAGAUCACUGUCAGCAGCGACUUCGAGACUCGCCUCGUGAAGCUGAACGUGGAGGAGCGCUCCGUGGGGCCGCUCACCCGCAAGGGCUUCUACCUGGCCUUCCAGGAUAUUGGUGCCUGUGUGGCGCUGCUCUCCGUCCGUGUCUACUACAAGAAGUGCCCCGAGCUGCUGCAGGGCCUGGCCCGCUUCCCCGAGACCAUCGCCGGCUCUGAUGCACCCUCCCUGGCCACUGUGGCUGGCACCUGUGUGGACCAUGCCGUGGUGCCACCAGGGGGUGAAGAGCCCCGUAUGCACUGUGCAGUGGAUGGCGAGUGGCUGGUGCCCAUUGGGCAGUGCCUGUGCCAGGCAGGCUACGAGAAGGUGGAGGACGCCUGCCAGGCCUGCUCUCCUGGAUUCUUUAAGUUUGAGGCAUCUGAGAGCCCCUGCUUGGAGUGCCCUGAGCACACGCUGCCAUCCCCCGAGGGUGCCGCCUCCUGCGAGUGUGAGGAAGGCUUCUUCCGGGCACCGCAGGACCCAGUGUCGAUGCCCUGCACACGCCCCCCCUCCGCCCCACACUACCUCACUGCCGUGGGCAUGGGUGCCAAGGUGGAGCUGCGCUGGACGCCCCCACAGGACAGCGGGGGCCGCGAGGACAUCGUCUACAGCGUCACCUGCGAACAGUGCUGGCCCGAGUCCGGGGAGUGCGGGCCGUGUGAGGCCACCGUGCGCUACUCGGAACCUCCGCACGGGCUGACCCGAACCAGUGUGACAGUCAGCGACCUGGAGCCCCACAUGAACUACACCUUCACCGUGGAGGCCCGCAACGGCGUCUCGAGCCUGGUGACCAGCCGCAGCUUCCGCACUGCCAGCGUCAGCAUCAACCAGACAGAACCCCCCAAGGUGAGGUUGGAGGGCCGCAGCACCACCUCACUGAGCGUCUCCUGGAGCAUUCCCCCGCCACAGCAGAGCCGCGUGUGGAAAUACGAGGUCACCUACCGCAAGAAGGGAGACUCCAACAGCUACAACGUGCGCCGCACAGAGGGCUUCUCCGUGACCUUGGACGACCUGGCUCCGGACACCACCUACCUGGUCCAGGUGCAGGCACUGACACAGGAGGGCCAGGGGGCCGGCAGCAAGGUGCACGAAUUCCAGACACUGUCCCCAGAGGGAUCUGGCAACAUGGCGGUGAUUGUCGGCGUGGCCGUCUGUGUGGUCCUGCUUCUGGUGCUGGCGGCAGUUGGCUUCUUUAUCCACCGCAGGAGGAAGAGCCAGCGCGCCCGCCGGUCCUCGGAGGACGUUUACUUCUCCAAGUCAGAACAACUGAAGCCCCUGAAGACAUAUGUGGACCCCCACACAUAUGAGGACCCCAACCAGGCUGUGCUGAAGUUCACCACCGAGAUCCAUCCGUCCUGUGUCACUCGGCAGAAGGUGAUCGGAGCAGGAGAGUUCGGGGAGGUGUACAAGGGCACGCUGAAGGCGUCCUCGGGGAAGAAGGAGGUGCCCGUGGCCAUCAAGACGCUGAAAGCUGGCUACACGGAGAAGCAGCGAGUGGACUUCCUCGGCGAGGCCGGCAUCAUGGGCCAGUUCAGCCACCACAACAUCAUCCGCCUGGAGGGCGUUGUCUCCAAAUACAAGCCCAUGAUGAUCAUCACUGAGUACAUGGAGAAUGGGGCCCUGGACAAGUUCCUUCGGGAAAAGGAUGGCGAGUUCAGCGUGCUGCAGCUGGUGGGUAUGCUGCGGGGCAUCGCGGCUGGCAUGAAGUACCUGGCCAACAUGAACUACGUGCACCGGGACCUGGCUGCCCGCAACAUCCUCGUCAACAGCAACCUGGUCUGCAAGGUGUCGGAUUUUGGCCUGUCCCGCGUGCUGGAGGACGACCCCGAGGCCACCUACACCACCAGUGGCGGCAAGAUCCCCAUCCGCUGGACAGCCCCGGAGGCCAUUUCCUACCGCAAGUUCACCUCGGCCAGCGACGUGUGGAGCUUCGGCAUUGUCAUGUGGGAGGUGAUGACCUAUGGCGAGCGGCCCUACUGGGAGCUGUCCAACCACGAGGUGAUGAAAGCCAUCAAUGAGGGCUUCCGGCUCCCCACGCCCAUGGACUGCCCCUCUGCCAUCUACCAGCUCAUGAUGCAAUGCUGGCAGCAGGAGCGUGCCCGCCGCCCUAAGUUCGCCGACAUCGUCAGCAUCCUGGACAAGCUCAUCCGUGCCCCCGACUCCCUCAAGACCCUGGCUGACUUUGACCCCCGGGUGUCUAUCCGGCUCCCCAGCACCAGCGGCUCGGAGGGGGUGCCCUUCCGCACGGUGUCCGAGUGGCUGGAGUCUAUCAAGAUGCAGCAGUACACGGAGCACUUCAUGGCGGCUGGCUACACUGCCAUUGAGAAGGUGGUGCAGAUGACCAACGACGACAUCAAGAGGAUCGGGGUGCGGCUGCCAGGCCACCAGAAGCGCAUCGCCUACAGCCUGCUGGGACUCAAGGACCAGGUGAACACAGUGGGGAUCCCCAUCUGAGCCUCGACAGGGCCUCGAGUCCCCUCGGCCAAGAAUACUUGAAGACACAGAGUGGCCUCCCUGCUGCGACGGGCCACCGAGGACCUUAUUUAUUUCUAGUUAUUUCCUGCUGAUAUCCCCUGGAACUUCUGCUGGAGGGUCUUGAAUGGCACCCUGGCCGGAACUGAGGAGAUACCCAGGGAUGCUGAGCCGGGCGAGGGACACGCAGCCGAGCACUUAGCAAGAAACUGGCAUCCCUGGAGCAGGAGCCCCACCGUGGCCGUCAGACACGGGCGACCUUCCCAAACCCACCUCCCCUUCGCCUUCUCCCACAUGAGGCCAUCUCAGGAGACGGAGGGCUUGCCCCAGCGCCAAGUGAACAGGGUACCUCAAGCCCCAUUUCCUCACGCUAAGAGGGCAGACUGUGAACUUGACUGGGCGAGACCCAAAGUGGUCCCUGUCCCUCAAGUGCCUUCUUCAGACCCCCGGGCCCCGUCCUCAUCCCUGAUGGGUCAAACCCUUGAUUCCUGGGCCUUCGCAAGAUGCUUGGUUGUGUGGAGGUUUUUAAAUAUAUAUUUUGUACUUUGUGGAGAGAAUGUGUGUGUGUGUCGGGGGCCCCGCCAGGGCUGGGGACAGAGGGUGGCCUGUGUCAGACAUUCCUGAGCUGGGGACCCGGGGACCGGUGCUGCAGGAGCAUCCUGCCCAUGUCCCGGUCGGCCCCAUCUCUCACCCCUUUAGAUAGCAACUACUUUUCUGUCAGUGUUAAUGAUUUUUUGUUGGAAAUUUUUUUCGAAUCUUAUUUAUUAUUUUUUUUAUAUUUAUUGUUAGAAAAUGACUUAUUUCUGCUCUGAAAUAAAGUUGCAGAUGAUUCAAAC